AUGAAAGACGAUGGGUGGACCCUGGUUAGUGGUAAACGUGUUUCUCGGAACAAGGUAUCGAGCCAUUUUGGGUCAUUGCACAGCUGCGCUGGCGCAGACGAUACGACUAUACAAAAGAGUGUCUCUAGGAUUGAAAACAUGAUCACAGGCACACUAAAUUCAUCGCAAAAAUUUAUAAAACAUCUAGUUAAGACACUAAAUGGCCGCUUACGCAUAACAAAUGGUACUCGUUUGGUAGCGCUGGGAUGCGGAACUCCUACAAACUCUACACUUCCCUUGAUUAGGUCAUGUUCAUUUCAAUGGAAUAUUUGUAUAAUACUAAGGGAUAUAUUUGAGCUGGAUUCCGUGGAUAUUUUUGACCCUGUAAUGACCUCUACCGAUCGCAACAUCUGGGAUCUGCUUAUUAACAAAAGACACAUUAGCAAGGCCACACAAUGUGGAUUUUUAUAUAGUAACACAAUCUAUGAUACACAUGACGAGGACUUUGAAGGAAAAGACGCGCAAUUACUUCUAUAUAUGCCUCAUUGUGAAGCGUUCCUCUACAAGGAGAUUCUAAACGGGGUUUCACAGGGCAAAGAUCCUCUAGACUCGGCCAAACAGCUUGCGAAUUUAGAUACUAACUCAGAUCUACGCAGAAACUAUGACCUUGAACGAACUGUACUGAUAGGAAACUCCAUCACGAGAUAUCAAAAAGAAGAUUGCAGCUUUCUCCCCCAAAAAAUUGUUAAAAACAUGACAGAAACACCCUUACAAGACUUUCCAGAACACACCGAAGCAUUCAACAACACGUUUAUAAUAACCUUUACCUAG